CUGCCCCGCCCCUAUAUAAGGCGGCCAUUUCGCCGCCUCCCGCCUCGCCUGGCGUCGCCUUCCCUCGCCUCACCUCGCCCGCCGCCUCCCGCCAUGGCCGACACGGCCGUGUCCUUCGCCAAGGAUUUCCUCGCCGGCGGGGUGGCGGCCGCCAUCUCCAAGACCGCCGUCGCCCCCAUCGAGAGGGUGAAGCUGCUGCUGCAGGUGCAGCACGCCAGCAAGCAGAUCGCCGCCGACAAGCAGUACAAGGGCAUCAUUGACUGCGUGGUGCGCAUCCCCCGGGAGCAGGGCGUCCUCUCCUUCUGGCGCGGCAACCUGGCCAACGUGAUCCGGUACUUCCCCACCCAGGCCCUCAACUUCGCCUUCAAGGAUAAGUACAAGCAGAUCUUCCUGGGUGGCGUGGACAAGCGCACCCAGUUCUGGCGGUACUUCGCCGGUAACCUGGCGUCCGGGGGUGCUGCCGGCGCUACCUCCCUCUGCUUCGUCUACCCCCUUGACUUUGCCCGAACCCGCCUGGCAGCGGAUGUGGGCAAAGCCGGGGCUGACCGGGAGUUCAGUGGGCUCGGUGACUGCCUGGUCAAAAUCUUCCGGUCGGAUGGCCUCAGGGGCCUGUACCAGGGCUUCAGUGUCUCUGUCCAGGGCAUCAUCAUCUACAGAGCCGCCUACUUUGGCAUCUACGACACCGCGAAGGGCAUGCUUCCGGACCCAAAGAACACCCACAUCGUUGUCAGCUGGAUGAUCGCUCAGACCGUCACCGCUGUCGCCGGUUUGACCUCCUACCCUUUUGAUACGGUUCGUCGUCGCAUGAUGAUGCAGUCCGGCCGUAAAGGAACUGACAUAAUGUACACCGGCACCAUUGACUGCUGGCGCAAGAUUGCCCGGGAUGAGGGCUCCAAGGCGUUUUUCAAAGGUGCAUGGUCAAAUGUACUCCGAGGAAUGGGUGGUGCUUUUGUCUUAGUCCUGUAUGACGAAAUCAAGAAGUACACAUAAGUUGUUUCCUGUUGUGAACUGGCAUGUUGUUCUAUGUAGUCUAUGGCCGCUCAUGGACUUGUUUGAAAACCGCCUAGUUACUAAACAGUGGCAGCUGAUGUUUAUACAGGUUGGCAUGGGGCAGGGACAACUGCCUGCCCUGUCUUUACCAAGUUAUUCCCCCAGACGGGAUUCACAAUGGUUUCUAUUUCAGUCACUCCUGCUUAAAGAGUACAAAGAAAUAAAAAUGUGAAACCAA